AUGUCGAACAGAGUCGACAAACCUUUUUCCAAGAAGACCGAGCAGCGUAACCGUCUUUUCUUGGCUGUUGAUCAGUUUGGUUUCGAGAUUAUGCUUUGUACUGCGUGUGCUUCUCGGAGUCUGGUGUGCAAGAUGAUGGAUGACACGAAGCGUUGUUCUCAGUGUAUUCGUCGUGCCCGUUCUUGCGAUGGUUGUGAGGUUCCCGUUUCUGCUCUUUCGCGCAUUAUGGCGGAGGACAAGAAGCUAGAGUCGAAGGAGCGGGAAGCAGAGGCGAAGUUCGAGGAGGCCCAUCGUCGGGCGUUGGAGGUCCUGGAUGAGGCUCGUAUGAAGAUUUCGGAGUCCGCUGCCCAUCUUGCCCGUUUACGCACCCAACGCAAGUCCCUUGCUUCGCGUGGUGCUCAGAUGGUUUCUGGUUCAAUGGUGAACGCGGGCCUUGAGUCUCUCGACGAGUUGGAUGAGCAGGAACGCCGCGAGGAGGAGGAGCGUAAUCUUGCCGCGUCAGUUCGCGAAGUGGUAUCGGCUGAGGAUAUUUUGGCUAAUGAUCCUUUGUUUGGUGGUUUUGAUUGGAAUUCCGUCAAUCCCAAUGGGGCUGUGGUGGAUUAUUCUGGCUUUCUGCAGAGUAGGGUUUCUGAAGCUUCUGGAUCUCGGUCCGGGGCGGAGCGAUCUUCCUAG